CGAACCAUCACGAUGCUUCAAGAAUUCAUCAAGCGGGCGACGCCGGCGAGCCUGUACGCGCCGACGGCGACGCUGGGCGCGCUGAAGGAACGAAACGCGAAUCCGGCGUUCGCGGCGGCGUCGAAGAAGGAGUACACGCUGGAUUAUUACCUUCGGGGAGCGCUCUCGGGCGGGAUCUGCUGUGGGUUCACGCACGGGGCGGUGACGCCGGUGGAUGUGGUCAAGACGCGCAUGCAAUUGGAUCCGUCCAAGUACGGCGGUAUGGUGUCUGGCUUCUCCAAGGUGAUUGCCGAGGAAGGCGCCGGGGCUUUGCUCACCGGUCUCGGUCCGACGGCGGUGGGUUAUUUUAUCCAAGGUUGGUUCAAGUUCGGUGGUGUUGAAUACUUCAAGAUCAACGCCGCGCAAAGCAUGACCGAACGGGAGGCGUGGAAUAACCGUAACACCAUCUACCUCGGCUCCGCCGCGGUGGCCGAGUUCAUCGCCGACGUCUUCUUGUGCCCGCUCGAGGCGACGCGCAUCCGUUUGGUGUCCAACCCGACGUACGCGCCGUCCACUCUCAGCGCCAUGGCGAAGAUGGCGAGCGAAGAAGGCAUCAUCAGCGGUUUCUACUCUGGUUUCGGUCCGAUUCUGGCCAAGCAAGUGCCGUACACCAUGGCCAAGUUCGCCGUCCAAGGGCGCGCCGCCGAAGCCAUCUACGAGUCCAUGGGCAAGUCUCCCAAGGAAUGCACGAGCUCUGAAAACGUCUCCGUCUCUCUGUCUUCUGGUGUCGUCGCUGGUGUCGUCGCCGCCAUCAUCUCCCACCCCGCCGAUACCUUGUUGUCUAAGGUGAACAAAGCCGGCGCGGGGGGCACCGGUUCCAUUGUGACGCGUCUCGGCCGCAUCGCCGCGGAGACUGGCGUUGUCAAGCUCUGCACCCAAGGUUUGGCCGCGCGUUGCGUCAUGAUCGGUACUCUCACCGCCGGUCAAUUCGGUAUCUUCGAUUCCGUCAUGGAAGCGCUCGGCGCGAGCAAGUUCCACUUCCACAACCCGGACGCCGACCAUUAAGCAGUCGGCGUCGGUUUCUCGAUUCAUCAUCACUACACCGCGCGCGUCAUUCA